AUGGGUGCCGACGGAGACCUUGACGACUGUGUUUGGAAGGCCUUGAUGAAAGGAAUGAUCAGCCUUCCAACAGCGCAUCUCGAGUGCAUUAGGGACUUUUGGGCCCCUGGACCAGACAGCGCCCUUCUAGAUCUUCGAAUUAAGAAGGAAGUUCAGCCCCUGCUAGACUCUAUGAAGAUUUGGACUAACAAACUUCAACAAAUGCUUGUUGAUGAGCUAACUGAUAUUCUCGAAAACCAGAACAAUGGACAGGAUUCCUUGAAGACACCCCUGUCUCAAUCUAUCCCGAAGGUUUUGUCUCUGGUGAAGGAUGUGGGGAUGCUAGAGAUCAUGGUUGAGAGGGUGUCAAGAGACACUGUUUGGCUCCCAUUCUGA